AGUGCUCUAGGCGUCUUUCUGUGAUUGGAUGUUGUUAUGUACAUCAUGCGUCUUCUUUUUUGUUCUAAAAAUCGAUUUAACUGUACACGUUUUCAUGCAUAGUAGUUUCCAGUCUUUCGAAUACCGUCGAGUGGUAAUGUUGGACAACGUCUGCGUCUAGUGAGCAUUAGUUGGAUAUCAACACGUGUUCCUCUUUUGUCAGGAUUAUUCAAUUCAUUUAAGGAAUUCUCUCCGUCCCCCUCACUGGACUCGACAACCAUUUGAAAUUUCAUUUUGUUGAUGGACUUAAGUUCUUUCUAGUGCUCGAAACGUUGACAGCCAACUGCAUUUAGCUUUUUUGGUGCAAUCUUUUGCAAUUAACGAGUAGUGAAAAUUUUGGUAUAAGGUAAGAUUGUGAAUUGUGCUGUAUCAUUUGGUUUUCAAUUUGUCAUAUCUCUGAGCGCUAUAACCAUGAGCGUCGAAGAAAAUCUAGCUGAUAUUUUUAGCAUCACACGUGCUGUUCAUUAUCACGUCAUUCAUACCUGGCGAAUAGAGAGUUACGAACAAUAUUUCUCUUCAGCGAAAUGCCACUUGACGUCAAUCCAUUCCAGCGUCUUUGGCCACGAAGACGAUCCUGGCACAAAGUGGACGCUUCAAUUGUUUCCAAAAGGAGACAAAGAAGCUAGUACUAAUGGCAAUCCAGGAUCUGAGACUCUUUCCUUCUUCAUAAAUCUGGACAAGUCCUCGGACGUGCUUGAACUCCCUGCUAAAUAUUCUGUCGCCAUCAUUGGUGAUGACAGGUGCGCUCAGAAAGUAACAGGGGAUAAUACCUUCAAACGGGGAAGUGGUUGGGGACGAUCCAAAUUCAUGAAGAUGGAGGAUCUGCUUAAAGACAAAGACAUUUUCUUAGUUAAUGAUGCCAUGACCAUUCGCUGCACUGUUCAGUACACCAAGCAUGUGACGUGCCAGGAACGUCGAAAAAAACGAAGAAACAGUAGCAGCAGCGCUUCGACCGAGCCGUCCAAAAUCCUCAACACAGACAACCUUCCUCCUGACAGUCCGGAAUCAUCUCAGCAAGUAGCACAAUCGAUUUCCUGGCACGAUGUGACUUUCGUCAUUUCUGGCUCUUAUGUAAGAGCACACAAAUGGAUUGUGGCUGCUGGCAGUCCACUACUUGCCCAGCUGGUCGGUGGAUGUGAGUCGGUAAUAAAAGUAGAAGGUGUUGACCCUGAUAGCUUCACCCAAAUGAUCCGCUUCAUCUAUACUGGCGAUUGUGACAUAGCUAACGGCGGUUACAAGUUGAUGUCUGUCGCCAACAAGUAUAAGCUUCAAUCUCUGUUUAUCAAAUGUGAAGAACAUUUUGUUUCAAUACUGGAUAAGUCCAGUUGCUUUAUGAUGUAUAGCCUUGCCGACAUGUACUGCUCUCCGCGUUUGAAGAAUGAAGCUCUGAAAGUGAUUGAAAGUCUUGAAUUUAUCGGCGAUAGUAACAAAUUCUCCAUGCGCGGAACAGUUGCUCUCGUGUAAAGGCAAUACAACAUGGCGAGUCACUA